CCGCCACCCCUCCCAUUCUCCAACUCCAACCCAAACCACUUCCACUUGAACAUCUUCCCAAAUCGAAGCACCCAUCAGCGCGCGAACUCUCCAAGGGCAGAGCAAAGGCGACCGACCGAUCGAUCAAAUCUAUCAAUCCGGCACUGACGAGGAGAUCCAUGGACGCGGGAGCGGAGGCGGCGUCGUCGUCCCCGUCGAAGCUGGGGCACAGGCUGCGGACCACGGUGUGCUGCUGCUUCGGCGGCGGCUCCGGCGCGGGGCCCGAGAGGGUGAGGUGGCGGCGGAGGGGCGCGGCGGCGGGGGAGUUCCGGUACGACGCGCUGAGCUACGCGCUCAACUUCGACGAGGGCGGCGGCGACGAUGACGAAGCGUGCGCCGCCGACCCCGCCGCGGCCUUCCGGUACCGGAACUUCAACGCGCGCCUGCCGCCCUCGCCGGCCGCCGCCGCCGCGCGGACCCACCAGCGGGCCACGGCCAUCGCCAUCGCGUAGGAGGACUAAUCGAAGAUCGCUGCUCUGUGACCUUUUUUGGGGGGUUUCCUCUUGUAAUUGAAAUUGUAUGAUCCGGUGAGAGCUCUGUGCAGCGAGAUACUUCAGUGAUGAAUUGUGGUAUACUAGUAAUAGUAAUAGUAGCAUCAACGAAUGCUCCAAUGCGACGGGUUUCCACUUUCCACUACUGAUGAACCCUAGAAAUUGGGGGCUUUGAUUCGCCGACAACAUCCAAAGAAAAGUUCCCCUUUUGGCUUCUGUUAA